AUGAAAGUCGCCGUCCUUCUUUCUCUCGCACUUGCGGUUAACGCAAGGUUGACUGCCAAAGAUAACCUGGUAUUCAACACCGCCGAUAACGAAGCUUCAUUAGACGAAAUGUGGGGCGAAAUGUGGCCCUUCCAGGGUAUUAACACGUUUGCUCAUUUGCCUCUGCAAAACUGCCUUACCGAUAGAAAUUUGCAAUAUGACAUUGCUGUUAUCGGAGUACCAUUUGACACUGCUACUUCGUACCGCUCAGGUGCUAGAUUUGGCCCUAGAGCCAUCAGAGCAGCUUCACAGAGACAGACAUCGCUCCGUGGCUACAAUCCCCGUGCUUCUUUCAACCCAUACUUAUCGUGGGCCAAUAUUAUGGAUUGUGGAGACAUUCCUGUAACUCCCAUGGAUAACACCUUGGCAUUCAAGCAGAUGACGCUCGGAUUUGAGGAGCUUUUGUUGGAGCACACGUCUUCAAACUCCACAGAGCAGCCUCCACGAUAUGUGGCUUUAGGUGGAGAUCAUUCGGUGCUUCUUCCGCACAUCAGAGCUCUCCAUAAAUUGUAUGGUCCACUUAAUAUAAUCCAUUUCGAUGCUCAUUUGGAUACCUGGAAGCCCGAUAAGUACCCCAGCUUUUGGCACACACAUCAGUCAGAACUCAACCACGGCCUGAUGUUGUGGAAGGCCUAUGAGGAAGGCUUGACCACCAAACAUAAUGUCCAUGCGGGAAUCCGGACUAAAUUAUCUAGUGAGGAAGACUUGGCUGACGAUGACGAACAGAACUUUGUGCGUAUAAAUGCAGACGACAUCUGGAUUGAUGGUGUCAAUUCGGUGGUGGACAAAAUCUUGGCCACCGUCCCUGCUGACACCCCUACAUAUAUAAGUGUUGAUAUUGAUGUGUUGGAUCCUGGAUUUGGCAGUGGUACUGGAACCCAGGAGCCUGGAGGAUGGCUCCCACGAGAGUUAAUUUAUGUUCUUAGACGUUUGGAAGGUUUAACGGUGGUUGGUGCAGAUGUGGUGGAGGUUAAUCCAGAUUUCGACCAUGCAGAGAUUACUUCCACUAACGGUGCACAGGUCGUCUAUGAGUUGGUGACGUCGAUGGUCAAGAAGGGACCAGUGACAUUGCCUGUGAACAAGAGUCCUAAGAAAACUAAGAUUUUGUCUGCUAAUGAGUUUGUUGAAGGUAAAGAGACAAGAUUAGACCAGAUGGAUGCAAAGGUGCAGAUGCUUAAUGAGAAGGCUGCCGAGUUGAGAAAGCAACUACGUGAGGUGGAGGACUUGAAAGUUCAAUUGGCUAAUGAAAUUGAACAGGUGAAGACGUUACUGAUGUUGAGCCAGUAA